AUGCAGAGCCGCGAGGUGGCGCGGGCGGGGGUUAGCCGAGUGGGCCGCAUGGAGAUCGGCCCUGAGAUCCUGGGGUACGGCAGCAGUGGCACGCUCGUAUUUGAGGGCACCCUGCACGGCCGCCCAAUUGCUGUCAAGCGCAUCCUGAGUCAGUUCUAUGAGCUGGCACGCAAGGAGAUCGGGGCGCUGAUACUGUCGGACGAGCACCCCAACAUUGUGCGCUGCUUCGCGAUGGAGGAGGACAACGAGUUCGUGUACCUGGCGCUUGAGCGCUGCCGCCAGUCGCUCAAUGACCUUGCUGGACAUGGUGUGGUGGCGCUGCACCAGAGGGGCAUCGUGCAUCGGGACAUCAAGCCACAGAACAUCCUGCUCACGGAGAGCCGCCACGCCAAGCUGUCUGACAUGGGCCUCUGCAAGCGCCUCGCCAUCGACCAGUCCUCUACAUGCAGAAAUGGUCUUAUUUCUAUCGCUCCCAUCGCAGGUGGCAGCACGGGGUGGCAGGCGCCGGAGCAGCUGAUAAGCCGCAGCGGCGGGGAUGUGCGCCAGGGCAAGAGCGUGGACAUCUUCUCCUUUGGCCUCGUCAUCUUCUACUGCCUUACCGGCGGCAAGCACGCCUUCGGCGAGAGCUACGAGCGCGACUUCAACAUCCUGCAGGCACGCCCCACCUCCCUGCGGGAGGUGGCACACCUGAAGGAGGCGGAGAACCUGGUGCGUGCCAUGCUCGUGCCCGCGCCCAAGCGCCGGCCCAGCAUCGCGUCCGUGAUGGCGCACCCCUUCUGGUGGCCCCCCCAGCGCCGCCUCUCCUUCCUCGUCGACCUCUCCGACCGCAUGGAGAACGAGGACCGGGAGGAGGACCAGUCGCUGCUGGCUGCGUUGGAGGCGUGCAGCGAGGAGGCACUUGGUGGCCGCAACUGGAUGGCGCGCCUCGACCCGGAUUUUCUGGAGAACUUGGGGCGCUACCGCAAGUACCGCCCCGACUCCCUGCGCGACCUGCUCCGCGUCAUCCGCAACAAGCACAACCACUUCCGCGAGCUACCCGAGCAGCUGCAGGCCAAGCUCGGGCCCAUGCCCGACGGCUUCCUCAGCUAUUUCUCGUCGCGCUUUCCCAACCUGCUCAUGGCCACAUACUGCUUCGGGCUGCACCGCUGCUCGGAGGAGCCCAUGCUGGCCAAGUACUACCCGGCCGGCGCGCGCGAGUUCCCCCUCGAGCUCAUCGAUGGCAUGAAUUCGGUAGCUUCCUCGAUGCAGCCGCCGCCGCUGAAGCCCAGCUUCCCCUGUCGCCCGGGGCAGCCGCUGUGCGACUUCUACACCAAGACCGGGCACUGCAAGUUUGGCGAGGCGUGCAAGUUUGACCACCCCGCGCACUUUGGCGUGCAGCUUAACUCGCUGGGACUGCCCCUGCGCCAGGGCGAGAGCGUGUGCGGCCAUUUUGAGAAGACGCACACGUGCAAGUUUGGGCCGGCCUGCAAGUUCCAUCAUCCCGAGCCGCUGCAUGGGGCUUAG